UCUCUCCGCGGUCGUGCCUUUUGCUAACAUCUUCCUCUCAAUUGGGCGCCGUCUUGAACCCGAGUCUUAUCUUGCUUUUCGACCAAUUCGUGUCAGUAACACGACUACCACGAUCAGCCAUGGAGAUGCGUGCCCUGGCCCGGUGCCUGCGUUCGACUGCCCGGCCGUCGACGACUUCCCUCCUGUAUACGAAGCAAUUCGCCAGACAGUCAUUUCCAGCGAUCCGCUAUAACUCGUCGGAUUCGUCGGCGUCGUCCUCUUCCUCCUCAUCUUCAUCUCCGCCAAACCCCUCCUCCACAAACGAGCCUUCUUCCAUCCCUUCGUCGUCUACCCCAUCGCCCGCCUCGUCGUCCGCCUCCGCACCAAACGCCCCUACACCACACUUCUAUCGCCUGAAGUUAGGAGGGAACAAGGGACCACGAGACGCCGCCGCUGAUGCUUCUACCACCACCAACACCACCAACACCACCACCACCACCCCGACCCGGACCCCAGUGCCCCGUCGCCCCGCCCCUGCCGAGACCGGCUUCGACGAGAUCUUCAAGCAGCUCAACCUCGGCGGCCGCAAUGUUACCAGGAAGCUCGAGGCCGGCGAGCCGGUGCGGACCGCGCGUCCCGAGCAGCAGGUUGAACUAAAGCUGGGCCCGGAGAUUGGUCGACAAGUCCUUGUUCAGCCCGACAAGGGCUUCGAUCUGGCGGCGUCAUUGCGCUACCUGGACACCCGCCUCAAGAAAGAACAGCUGCUGAACAUGUCUCGAGCCCAGAAGUUCCACACCCGGAAAGGUUUGCAGCGCAAGAUGGACCGGCGGGCUCGGUGGAGGAAACUGUUCAAGUUCUCGUUCAAGGAUACUCUUAAACGGGUGCAGAGAAUGAGAGCGCAAGGGUGGUAGAUUGUCUCCCCUUGCUCCUUUGUUUGCUGCUUUCGGUCUGUCGCGCAGAUUGGGCUAGUGAAAGGGUGGUGUUGAUUGUGGGGGUGUAUAUAACGGGAUGCGUUGAGGGGCGGGGAGAAGAACCGGAUGUGAGUGAGUUUCCAUCCAUCUCGUGGAUGAGUUUUGUGGGUGAAGCAAGGUUUUUUAUGGCAUUGAAGAUCUCAUAGGGGGCAGAAUUGAUUGCCAUGUACACUAAAUUCGGAAACUGUUUCGCAUGCUUUUUUUUUUUCCCCCGGUUGUUUUAUUUUCUUGGAAUGCAUUUCGUGUCAACAAUACAGUUAUCAAAAAUCAUGUCUACUCUGUCAAUCCUUGAUCUAUGUCCAGACCAUGCCAUAUGAUUGUCAUGUCUAUAUCACCAUCAGCAUGCAUAGGAAACCAUGUACAGUGAAGACUUUCCAAUU